AUUCUCAAUUGAGUCACACCAGUUCGCUUAUAUCAAACAUGAAACUUAUAAUCAGCUUAGGUUUGUUUGCGCUUUUUGCAUGCGUUUGGGCCGCAUACGAAGAGUUCGAUGGCAUAGACAUCGAAGAAAUUUUGAACAGUCCCCGAUUGGUUGAUAAUUAUAUAAAAUGUGCGAAGACCGGUCAAAAGUGCUCAACGGAUGCGCAAAAGAUGAAAGCAAUCGUACCUGGCGCGUUAAAAUCGAAAUGUCCGGAAUGCUCCGAGGAACAGAAGGCGAAAAUUCAAAGGGUGUUCGAAUGGGUCAUCCAGAAUAGACCUCAGGAUUUUCUCGAAAUUGAGAAGAUUCACGACCCGGAACAUCACUACCGAGCGGACUAUGCCGAUGAAUUGGCCGCCCGUAAUAUUGUACUACCGGCACCUAUCUAAAAAAUUGUAUUACAUGUUUCUUACGAUAACGUAGAUACUAAACUGCUUUAUAAAAAAGACAAUUUAGUUUUCUUGGUAUUGAAAUUAAGCCUCAUUUUGCCAUUUGUAAGAAAAAUUG